AUGUCUGCAGACGCUUCAAACCAACCUUCUACCCAAGGGCAAACUCGUAGAGAACCGCAUAGCAACUUCCGUGGUAGACGUCAUUAUAGAACAAGUUACAGAGAUCAAAAUAACAACACCGUCUCAACUCGAAAAGUCAAAGAUGCUGUGACCACCACUGAAAGUGACGAAGAUCCCUCCUUUAAAGAAAAUCGUGAAACUUGUUUUAUUUGCGCUGAACCGAUUACCGUCUACGCUGUUUCUUGUUGUAACCAUCGAACUUGUCAUCUAUGUUCCUUGAGACUAAGGGCCUUGUACAAGACUAGAAAUUGUACAUACUGCAAGACCGAACAAGAUAAGGUCAUUUUCACUCGCGAUCCCGAUAAGCCUUUUGAAGACUUUGAGGAUAGAAAUGUCCCUUAUCAUGACAAAAAAUUGAACGUGUUUUGCGAGGAUCCUCAAAUAUUUGAAGAUGUCAAUACUUUGAUGUCUUAUAAUUGUCCUCACGAGAAGUGUACAACACUCUACAAUGGUUGGCAUGAUUUGAAACGACAUGUGCGAAGAGAUCAUAACAUGUGGCUCUGUGAUAUCUGUAUUAAAGAAAAAAAAGUUUUUGUAUAUGAACAUACUCUCUUUACUAAACGUGCACUUGAGGAACACAUCGAAAGAGGAGAUGAAUCCGGAUUUAAAGGGCAUCCAUACUGCAAAUUUUGUAACAGGAACUUUUAUGGGGAAGAUGAACUUUACAACCAUUGUCGCUAUUCUCACGAACAAUGCCCUAUUUGUGAAAGGUCUGGAAUAAGGCACCAAUACUAUAUUGAUUAUGUUGAAUUGUUACAACAUUUUAAAGACGAACAUUACUUAUGUAAACAUAAAGAAUGCUUAGAGAAGAAAUUUAUCGUUUUUAAAACAGACAUUGAUUUAAAGGCACAUGAAGACGGUGGUGGAGGUGGUAAUAUAAAUAAUUCAACUGAAGAAAAUAGAAGGCAAGCUCAAAACAUUAUUGUGGGUGAAUCAUCCACCAUUGACAAUAGCGGGGAUCGUGUUACCGCAAGGAUAAGACCUCCUCCUGGAUUUGGUGUUUUAACGCCCGAUGAACCCGCUGGUUCCCCUGAUGAUUCACCACCAUUAACUGUUAUUCAUCCUCCCAUACGAGAGCAAAGUUCUCGGGCAGAAGAUUUUCCAACCUUGAAAGCUUCGAUGAAGGUGGGAAAUAACAGCGAAAGACCAAGACCUGACCGUUUGUCGACACCCGUCAGGCCUAGCACGUCGCAACAACCGCAGCCUGGGAAUGCAAACAGAGGAAAAAUUACUGUGCAUCGAUCAGAAGCUAGUGGCAGUAGUAGUAUUUUCAAAGAGAGAUCCCCUUCUCGGGAUGAUGCAUUUCCCGCUUUACCUGCCCCCGGUAAUGCUAUAAAUUAUAGCCAAAAGAUAAAGGCAAAUACAGUUGAUUUCAAUAACAAAAGUCGACAGGUCGAUCGAAUUAGUUCGUAUUUAUCUAAUGAUAAAUCAAAAAUCGACGAGUAUAAUUCGUUACUUGCUUCAUAUAAGGCAGGAAAUAUUGAUGCAACUAAAUAUAUUGGAUCAUUGUCUUUAUUAUUCAACGAAAAUCUGGGGAAGGCAAUUCCAGUGUUGGUCGAUCUAUUUGAUGAAAAUGUGAAAAAAGAACUAUUAGGAGCUUGGCAAGAUCAUAAAGUUAUGAAAGCUUUUCCUGCUUUGGAGCCUUCAGAAAACGUCAUAAAGGCGAACAAUUCUCCCGUUCAGAACAAAACAUCUCCACGUGUUCUUGUAAUUAAGUCGUCAAAUACGCGGUCUGGUGGAGCUCGGCCAAGUAGCUCUCAAGUGUGGGAUAGAGUUGCCGCUGCCGCCCUUAAAUCUUCGACUAAAACCAACUCCGCUUCUGCCUCUUAUACCAAUAGUGCAUGGAAGGAUUUUCCACAACUUACUAAAUCUACACCUCAAGCCUCAUCGAGUUCAACUGGUGAUUCGUCAUCGUCUCCGAUAUCUACGACGAUCACUGGCUUUAUUAAAGGCAGACCAACAAAAUUCGAAAAUAAUGAUGAUUUUCCAGGUCUUCCAAUUGCAUCAUCAUCAACACAUGUGGUUAAUAAUAAUAAGUCGGAAAAAAGUGCAUGGGGUCAUGGUGGCGCGUUUUCUUCUUUGACAUCUGGUCAAGAUAAAGAGUCAGAAGUUGAUAGUGAUGAUGAUUUAUAUUUCAGUAAAAGAAUCACUAAAUUGAAUAAAUAG